UAUGAAAGAGGAGGAAGACAACUACUCUACCCAGAAGCCCUUAUUGCUCUUUUGCAAGCUGGCUUCUUGCGCUUUGGGAGUGUUUCCCAUUUAAACAAACACAGUGUUGAAGAUGGCGGAGAGUUAAUAGGGACAAGAAAGAAACUGGUGUAGCCUACUCAAUGAAUGCGUUGAAGCGGGGAAAGUAGUGGCCGUCUUCCUCUGGUGUGAACCCUGAGUGGGUCAAGGCCCGUCCAGGGGAGGAAAACAAGGGCAGUGUCUACGAAGAAGGGAACAGCAGCUGUAGAGGGAGGAUCCGGGGUGCUGAUAUGUGCUGAGGAUGAGUGGCGUGGCAGACAACUCCAUGGCGCCCAUGUGCUCCGAACGGAAACGCAAGAUCUCCACCUGUGAUACACCAGGCCUUGGGUGUGACAAGCGCAGAAGGGAGCAGGAGAGUAAAUACAUCGAGGAGCUGGCCGAGCUGAUCUCUGCCAACCUCAGCAACAUGGUCAGUUUCAACGUGAAGCCAGACAAAUGUGCCAUCCUCAAGGAAACCGUCCGGCAGAUUAGGCAAAUCAAAGAGCAAGGGAAGAGUUCAUGCAGCGAUGACGACGUCCAGAAGGCAGAUGUGUCUUCCACUGGUCAAGGGGUCAUUGACAAGGACCAUCUGGGACCGCUGCUACUACAGGCCCUGGAUGGGUUUCUGUUUGUGGUGAACCGGGAGGGCAGUGUCGUGUUUGUGUCUGACAACGUGACCCAGUACCUACAGUACAAACAGGAGGAGCUCAUCAAUACCUCUGUCUACAACAUCCUCCAUGAGGAUGACCGGGAGCAGCUGCACAAGAACCUGCCCAAGAACAACACACCCAAUGGUGUGUCAUGGGGAGGAGAGUCACUGCGGCAGAAGAGCCACACCUUUAACUGCCGUAUGCUGGUGAAAUACGGUCACGGACAGAACCAUCAGAACCAUGGGCAGUCUGAGGGUCCCAACAGGCAGCGCUACGAGACCAUGCAGUGCUUCGCCCUGACCCAGCCCCGUGCCAUGAUGGAGGAAGAAGACCUGCAGUCGUGUAUGAUCUGCGUGGCCCGUCGCGUCAAUGCAGUGGAGAGGACCGAGAGGUUCAGCACCCGUCAUGAGCUCUCAGGCAAACUGAUAGAGAUCGAACAGCAGAGUUCUCUCCACACUACCAUGCAUCCAGGCUGGGAGGAUCUGGUGAGGCGCUGCAUGCAAAUGUUCCUCCAUCGCAGCGAGGGCCAGCCCUGGUCCUACAAACGUCACUACCAGGAGGCCUUUCUGCAUGGCCGUGCCGAGACGCCAUCUUACCGGUUCUCUCUCUCCGACGGCACCCCGGUCACUGCUCAAACCAGGAGCGAACUGUGUCGUAACCACACCUCCAAUGAGCCACCCACCUUCCUUUCUACCCACCUGCUACAGAGGGAGCAGAAUGGCUUCCAAACCAACCAGGGGGGUGUGAUGAGGCACCAGGGCAUGGGCCUCCCCAACACCCAGAUGAACAUGGCUCCUGGAGGGGGCAUGGGUGGCAUGAAUAGGGGCUUCGGCACGGGGGCAGAGCAGGGGCACAUGGGUCAAAGAGCCGGGCCCCCGUAUGCUGCUAACAGGAUGAACUGUAUUAAUCAGACUAACUCGAUUAAUCAAAUUAACCCUUCGAUGCAUCAAAUGAACUCUCAAAUGAAUUCAAUGAACAAUAUGAGUCCGAUGAAUUCCAUUAAUCAAACAAACUCCAUGCAUCCAAUGAGCUCUCAGAUGAAUUCCAUGAACCAGAUUAAUUCUAUGAGUCAGAUGAACCAGAUAAAUCGGAUGAACCAGAGGAGUCAGAUGAGCCUCCCUGUAAUGCAUCAGCAGCAUCUACAGCAUCCUCAGCAGCAGCAAGCCCCGUUCCAUGGAGCGGGGUACAGCAUGGGGGCCAUGACUAGCCCCCCUCAGGGCAGUCCAGGUAUGAAUGCCCCCCAGCAGAACAUCAUGGGCUCCCCUAGAGUAAGGGGGAGCCCCAAAAUGUGCGCUAGCCCCUUCUCCCCAGGAGGUAUGCACUCUCCCAUGAGCUCGGGUCACCCAGUGGGGUCUGGAGUUAGCACUGGCUUCUCCAGCAGCUCCCUAAAUGCCCUCCAGGCCAUCAGUGAGGGGGUGGGCACCUCUCUACCUGCACUCACCUCUCCCCCCGCACACAAGCCUGACAGCUCCCCAAGCGUCAACUCUACCCAGCAGGGACAAAGCCAGUGGCAGGGCGCGGUCUGUAAACCAGGCAGUUCAGACUCCAAGAGCCCGAGUAGCUCACUGGCCAGUGGAGGGGAGCAGCAGCAACACACCCCCACCACAGAGGGGACCUCAGACAAGCCAGACAGCCAGGCCAACAGGGAGGGCCCAGCCUGGGGAGAAGCCAACCGACGGGUCCCUGACAACAAGGGGGGCCAUAAGAAGCUCCUGCAGCUCCUCACCUCCCCUACAGAGGAGCUGGUGCCCCAUAACCCCCAGGCUGGCCCUGGCACCACCCCCAUGGGCUCUGAGGCCAAGGACGACAUGCAGGGUAUGCCCAGCCCCUCCACAGGUGUGUCGUCCUCCACUGCUGCAGUGGGACAGCAAGGCCUAGGAACAGGGGCUGCAGCAGCACACUUUGCCAACCAGUCCCUGCAGGAGAAGCACAAGAUACUCCACAAGCUGCUGCAGAAUGGCAACACCCCAGAUGAGGUGGCCCGUAUCACAGCUGAGGCCACGGGAAAGGUCGCUGAUGGUGGUCCAGAGGCUGGGCCAGGAGGUCCAGGAUUGGGGCCAGGAGCAAGGGGGGCUGAGAUGAAGCAAGAGCAGCACAGCCCCAAGAAGGAGAAGACUCAUGCCCUCCUCCACUACCUCCUCAACAAGGAUGACUCUGAAGGGGCUAGGAGUGAUGUCAAGCCAAAGCUGGAUGACCUAGAGGGGAGGGGAGCCUCAGGGGUCACAACCUCUGAACCCAACCCCAUGGUGGGGAAGGUCAAGACUGAACCACCUGAUGAGUUGGAAACCCUGGAGACAAUUCUUGGAGGCUGCAGGAACGCCAGCUCUGGGUUUUAUCCCGAGCCCGACUCCAGAGCAGGAAAAGGGGGAAACCAGCGGGGAAGUGGCCCAGAAAGUUUGCAUGAUGGGGGGAGAGGAGCCAUGAUGUCUGCCCAGCGUGGUCCCCUCCAAAGGGCUCUGUCAUUGGACGCUAGGCCCCUGGAUGGUGGUGGAGGCCUGGCAGGGAGGAGGAACGUCCCCUGCCCCACCCUCAUCAAACUGGAGAACAUGGAGGCCCCUAUCCGGCCAGGCAUAACCAACGGUUUUCCAGGACCUGGAGGCAUGGGAGGUAUGAACAGGGCUAUGGGGAUGCCACAGCGGCCCUCCAUGGCAGGGCAAGGUGACUGGGGGAUGCCAAGGUCCAGUGGCAGUCCUGUGGGGGCACCAGGACACCCCUCAAUGGGACGGCCAGGGAUGGACUUCAACUCCAAGGGCAUAAUGAGAGGCCCCUUGGUCAACCGAUCCAAUAGUUUACCUGGCAACACCAGGUCUAUGCUGAAGCAGCAACUCAUGGAAAUGGCUUCUAAUGAGGUGAAUAUGGGGAUGAGUCCCUUCAGUGGGCAGGGUCCUCUACCUCACUCCCCCUCCUGGCCUGACAGUGCCAUGGGAAUGGACAGACCACCCACUAACACAAAUAGGCGUCAGUUUGGGAACCCCCUGGAUGAGCUCCUGGUUCCGCCCUCCACCAGCCAGGGGCAGAGUGAUGAGCUGGCGCUGCUGGACCAGCUGGACUCUCUGCUCAACAACACUGAUGUUAUUGCCUUGGAGGAAAUCGACCGGGCCCUGGGCAUCCCCGACCUCGUAGGACAGACUCAUGGUCCAGAGCAGCAGCCACAGCCAGGUCCGGGGCGGAGGCCCCCAUCAGAGCCCUUCGCUGGCCCAGGACCAGACACCUCCAUGGGGAUGGAGCAGAAGCCCAUGUAUAGCCAGGGGUACCCAGGACCCCCCUCUAUGGGCAUGCAGUCAGCCUAUGGGGGUAACCCCAUGCAGGGCCAGUCCCCUGCUGGUUUCAACCACAUGAUGAACCAGAUGGGGGGCCAGCAAGGCUCAGGGGGCUUCCCUGGCAUGGGGGAUAUGGGCCACCCCCGCACCAACAUGAGACCCCGCAUGAUGAGUGCCAUCAAGCCCCUUAGACAGCAGCUGGUGCAGAGGUUACAGGGCCAGCAGUUCAUGAACCAGACCCGUCAGGGUAUGGGCAUCAAGAUGGAGAAUACCCCUACAGGAAACCCUGCGUUGCGGCCUGGGAUGCAGCCCAGUAUGGGGAGUCAGCCUGGAUUCCUGAAUGCUCAGAUGAUGGCUCAGCGCAGCAGAGAGAUGAUGACACUACAGAUGAGGAGACAGAGGAUGAUGAUGCUAAUGCAGCAGCAACAGGCUGCAGCAGGAGGCUUCAGCCCCCCACCGAACAUCACAGCCCCUGCAGGCAUGGACAACCCAAUGGCAGGACCCCCCAUGAACCAGCCAGGACAGCAGCAGUUCAACUACGGCGGGAACUAUGGAAUGGGCCAGCAGGGGGACCACUCGUUUGUAGGUGCAGGCAGCAGCCCGCCCAGCAACAUGAUGCCAGGUUGUGUGGGAGGGCCUCAGAAUCCCAUGAUGCAACACCACCCCCACAGCAGCCCCAUGUACCAGUCAGCAGACAUGAAAGGCUGGCCACAGGGUGGAAUUCCACGGAACAACUCAUACCCCCAGCAUCAUCAGUUCACCCAGCAGGGGAACCCAGGCCAGUUUGGGGGGCCCAUGAUGAUGAAUGGCUCCAUGGGCGGGCCAGGCCCGGUCAGUGGUGCUGGUGGAGCACAGAUGGGCAUGAACUCCAUGGAAAUGGGCCGGAUGCCAAUGGGACCUGAACAGAAAUAUUGCUGAAAACGUAUGUAAUCUAUAAGAGCCCUCACCAGGAGGUCAGCAAAGACUGCAGUGCCCCACCUAUGUGUCUGCAGUGUGGGUAGGAGAAGGGAUGGCUAGGGGUCACCGGACACAGCCCCAAGAUCUUCUCCCUCCACUGUUCUCCGGUUUGCGCGUGGAGGACACCCAUAAUAAGCCACAGUGAAAACAAACCAACUACACAGUGAGAGACUCUGGAAUAAAGAUACACCUCAUACCUAAUGCAGCCACCCGUUGUAGGCUUGCCCCUCUCUGGGUGGCGUGUGUAUGACUUCGUUCAAGAAGAGGCCCUGCCUGUUCUUCCUAUGGGAGUGUCUGCUACACCAGAGGAGGCCGCAUAGUAUGUGUGCUGGGAAACAGAAUCUAUUUGAUACAGGAUGGGAUACGGUACAACUAGCUAUGGCUGCACUUUACCAGAGGGCUUCUAUGUAAAAGGAUUGUUGCAAUAUUUCUUAGUCAUUACAGCCUUACUAGAUUCAAUGCAUUCACAGCAUUGGUUUCUUUUUCUUUUAUCCUUUGGAUAUGCCCCUCUAUUUAAAAAAAAUAAAUUAAAAAAAUUAUAAAAAAAUUGGAGCUGUUAGCGCAGAUUAUUUCUAUAUUAUGCAGAUUCAAGCAAUACAACUUUCUUCAGAUGGAAACGGAGUGUCAAACUCAAGCAAACGGUACUGCAGUAUUAAUGUCACAAUUUAUUCUAUGUGAAUAUGAAAUGUAAAUAUGCUACAAAAGUAUCCUACAUGCUUUUUAUAGAUCACUUUUUUUGCACAGAGUAUGAGACUUGGUCAAAUUUUAACUUGUGUAUUUGUCUACAAGGUCAAUAACAUUUGUUUGCAGUUUAUUUUAACGUUUUGGACUGAUGAGUGAGGGUUUCCCACUUUCAACUUUGUCAUUAUCCUCUGAACAUGUUUCUUCUAAGUGAUAACAGCCAUGUGUUUCUUUUUAGAAACACUUUUAUUUGGAUAUGGUGCAUUGACAGUUUGGAGCUUUGAAAUUGCAGUGAAUGAAGAAAGGACAGUCUCAAAUGAGCAGAGCUUCCUGUCAAGCUGCUGUGUUGGCGUGUCUAUGAGUAUUAUAGAAAAGAGGUGGGGUGGCGUUAUUGACUAGGGACUGUUUAUAAAGUAGUUCUUCCUUUCUUUCCUAGCUCUCACUAGUGUUUUAUGUCAUUUGACUGUUACUCUUGACUCCAAGAAAUGUACCUUUAAAUCUUGCGCAAUCCAAAGAUAUUUUUCCAGUUCUUUGUAUGGUUUUUGACAGUGUACAUUCUUAUCUAUGCUUUGUAUAUGCAGACAGUAACUAGGUACAUAUCGUCAUAUGAUAUUGGACUGAUAGCAUAGGGGACUGAGUACUGUUGUUCAGAAGCCAGGAGGUAGCUAACAGUAGCAGUAAUAUGUGGAUGGGUGAUUCAGUGACUGGCGAAACCUUUGCAGUGACAUGCAACAGAAUGAAAGGCAUAUCAACCUCUUACUUUUUUUUCUAAAAAUAACAUUCUGUUUUGUCCAGUUUAAUUACUUAAUUGCAUUUCUACAUAAUGAAAUUACUUAAGUCAAACAAAGGAUUCACCUGGUUAUGUUAAUUUUUGUAGUUUUCCUUUGUUCUACAGGAUGUAUAUUCUGACGUUUCUUUUUCUCGAUGUUGAUAGGGCCAUGCUAUCCUGGAUCCUUGGGACAUCUCUAAGUUAACAUUUUUUUUUAAUGGUUAUGGUUAGUGACAUCCCAAAGGAACCUGGCUAGCAUUAACUGAUGAUGAUAUUGAUGUAAAUACAAAUUUUCUAUUUAAACA